CUUGUUUCGAUAUCAUUCCGAUUUGUCGAAAGUGUGUAAUCAGGAAUGUCUGAUUAGUAGUUCAAUUACCCAAUAUUAUGUAGAACUUUUAGAUUUAAGCUGUAGCGAGAUAAAAGCCUUUCACUCCGGGCCAGGAGGUGGCGACUGCGUGCCAUAACGUUUACCAUCUACCACAAAACCGUACACGAAGAAGAAAACGAAGAAGAGGUUGAUGAGCUAACGUAUCUGCAGGUUUUAUUUAACGAGAUAUGGCUGCUGUGCUCCCCGUCAGACCGCCCUGCGAUAGUAACCCCGCUACUCCUGGAGCACAAUCUCUAAAGGAGGAUGUAAUAGAAGAGGUGUCCAAUGAUGGCAGCCAGCCUCCCAAGAGAAGGAGAAUGGGUUCAGGAGACAGCUCUCGAAGCUGCGACACCUCAAGUCAAGACCUUGGCCCGACAUAUUUCCCAGCAGAGAACCUGACAGAGUACAAGUGGCCUCCAGAUGACACAGGAGAGUACUAUAUGCUGCAGGAGCAGGUCAGCGAGUAUCUGGGAGUCACAUCUUUCAAGAGGAAGUACCCCGAUAUGGAGAGAAGAGAUCUGUCCCACAAAGAGAAGCUUUACCUGCGUGAACAGAAUGUCAUAACUGAGACACAGUGCACACUGGGUCUGACAGCUCUGCGGAGCGAUGAGGUGAUAGACCUGAUGAUAAAGGAGUAUCCCACCAAACACUCCGAGUAUUCAGUGAUACUUCAGGAGAGGGAGCGACAGAGAAUAGCUAAAGAGUACUCUCAAAUGCAACAGCAGAUCCCUCAGAAGGUGGAAGCCAGCAAGGUUCCAGAGUACAUUAAGAAAGCAGCUAAAAAAGCUGCUGAGUUCAACAGUAACUUCAACAGGGAGCGUAUGGAGGAGAGGAGAGCUUACUUUGACCUCCAGACACACAUUAUCCAGGUUCCACAGGGCAGGUUUAAGGUGCUGGCUCCAGAGCUGACAAGGACGGGGCCCUACCCUGUGGCUCUCAUACCAGGACAGUUCCAAGACUACUACAAAAGGUACUCACCCAAUGAGCUGCGGUACUUGCCAUUGAACACAGCUCUCUUUGAGCCUCCACUGGAUCCAGAGCUCCCUGCGCUGGACUCAGAACCUGACUCGGAUGACGCAGAGGAUGGCAAAGAGGACAAAAAGAACAAGAACUCCUCUGACAGUUCUUCAGGUAACACUUCAGACGUAGAGAGCCAGGAGGGAGGAGGCGGACACGGCCACAAGUCCAAGGGCAAAGAUAGGACAUCCACACCAGGCAAAGACGGCAGUCAACGCAAUCCUGCCUCCCACAAAGCCACCCCAGGGUACAAGCCUAAGGUCAUUCCCAAUGCUAUAUGUGGCAUUUGCCAGAAGGGUAAAGAGGCCAACAAGAAGGGCAAGCCAGAGGCUCUCAUUCACUGCUCCCAAUGUGAUAACAGCGGCCACCCGUCCUGCUUGGACAUGAGCCAGGAGCUGGUGGGUGUGAUCCAGACUUAUCGCUGGCAGUGUAUGGAGUGUAAGACCUGCACCGUGUGCCAGCAGCCCCACCAUGAGGACGAGAUGAUGUUCUGCGACAAAUGUGACCGGGGAUACCACACGUUCUGCGUGGGCAUGGACUCCAUACCUACUGGCCUUUGGGUAUGUGAGGUUUGUGACAAAGAUUUCACCACACCUAAGAAGAAGGGAGGAGCCAAAACACCGAAGAAGUCCAAGUCAGCUAAAAAAUGAUCAACAGCAUCAUGUUUCACAACACAUUUGGCAAAAAUGCAUAAAUGUCAUUGUGUAACAGUAGUUUGCAGAACUGGAUAACUGUUUAAAGAGCAGAUCGUUUUGAUCCAAACACAAAUCGUAUCCCUCCCUCCAAAUACCAAUGAGCCAAACACAAGAUCUUAACCCACUUUCACUCUUUACUGACAGGUCUUUAGAUACGCAGGUUGACACUAGAAACCAAAGUGUAACACAUUCUAUGAAGCCCUUGUCUAUAAUGCAUCAUGAACAUACUUCUAAUACUUUAUAAUGCUCAUACAGCGCUGUAUAAUCAAUGUUGUAAGCACUCAAAAACAUCUAAGAUGCUCUAUAACUAAUCAUAACCCAUUAUUAAGCAGAUGUUUGUAAUGUAAACAUUAGUACAGUGGGUUAAACUAAUAGGGUAUUCCAUUCUUUGUGUUAGUAUUCAAUCUUAUUUUUACUUGAAGCAAACAUUGACCACUUAUAGUGACUUAUGAUCAGCUUGUAACGUAUUUCAUCAGACUAUAACACAGGGAUUUUGCUAAUUUGCUUAAAGCAUCCACUUACUCAUUUAUAAUCACUUGAUAAUGCAUUAUUAUAGGGAUUAUAAUAUAAAUGUUAUAAUAAUUGGUAAAUGAUUAUAAUCCAUUGCAACUUUGAGAAUUUUACUACACCACCAUAAUGCAAUAUUAGUCAGUGACCAGCAGUUAUGAAGUAUUGAUACUUAACCUUAUAAGUCAUAUUAAAUGUUUUAUGAUGUUUUAGUAUUGUUAUUGUUAGAAUAUUUACAAAGCAUUAAGAAAUCAAUCAGUUCUUUAUAACUAUGAUUAUAUAGCAUUACAAGUAUGUUCACAAUGCAUUACAAUGCAUUAUAUACAUGGAUUACAUAGAAAAACAAACGUUUUCAUCUUUUCUGUGAAAGCUCAUUAUACCUCAAAAUGUUUGUCCUCAAAUCGAUGCAUAUCAGGCAUUAAUUUUAGCCUUUCAGUCAGUCAGGUAGUUUUUGAGAUUUACUGAACUCCAGAUAUUAACGAUAAAUAAAGGUAAAGGCUAAACCGUAAAUCAAAUCCAUCCAAAUGUCCUGCACUAAAUCCUGUGAUCUGCUAACCGUUAACAGUAUCUGUGUUCUCCGGUCAUAAAACGAUGAAUCUUGUUACCGUCUCGUAACAUCUCUUCUGCUGGAGUUAGCUGUUUGCUACCUGUUUCAGUUGAACUAAUGGUGCUUUUGAUCCAGAACUACUGGAACACUCAACGUUAACAAGAGCUCACUGUCUCAAUUUCAACAUUUUUUAUGUUUUUGUACCUUCAAAAUUACAGUUUGUGUUUUUAGCUAACAUUUAUUUAAUGUGGCAGGCCAGUAAAGAUCAAUCUUAUUUAAACAAUGACUUGUCAGAAAUAACAACAUGGUGCUUGUGAUCCUGUGUAAUGAAAUGUAAUAGACGCUGGCUGUGGUAGACUUCAUGGCUGCAGCAGUUUUCAGGAAUUUAUCUGUUAGUCUUAAUUAAUGAAACAAAGUUUCUUACUUUACAUGUAUUGAUUUUGUUUGUCAACCCUCCACUAUUAAUUUUUAUACCACUCACUGUAAUUAUAAUAAAGUGAAACAUCAGCUUUGAUACGACAACUGUUCUUUUUGCAGUCAGCUUGAAAAAAAAGUUUUUUGUUGUAUUUUGUUUUGUACUUUCAGUAAACAGGGUGUUUAAGGAGUAUCUGUUGCUGAUGAUGUCACAGUCACUGAAUUGAGGAAUUGUCUGUUUUUUCAAUAAAACCUACUUUAAAAAGUCGGA